AUGAAUCAAGAACCACUUAUGAUUAAAAUACCUAUCGAACAUUUACCCGCAACUAUUUGCAAUUUCUUGGUAAAACCAGGAGAAAAGGUCACAAAAUCGCAAUCAAUUUUAAGUUAUGAAUACAAAAAGCCCGUAAAAGAACAACGAUUCGAUUCAACUAUAGUAGAGACUGAAUGCGUAAAUAUUCUAACCCAAAUUGAAGAAUUAAAGAGUCCUACCGAGGGUGAACUUAAACAAUUUCAUGUUACUCCGGGAGAGACAGUCAAAAGAGAGGAAAACAGGGCCGUGGUAGGGAUAAUCGAACCGUGUUUGCACUCGAUUCAAAUUCAUGGAUUGUGUGCUUUGUGUGGAGCAGAUAUCACGAUAAAAGACUCUAACGGGAUUGAUUAUACUCAAAGGGCCACUAUUAGCAUGGCUCAUAAUGUUGUUGGACUAACAGUUAGUCAGACUGAGGCCGAACGAUUAGAAAAGGAAACAUCAAGUCGAUUGUUGGAAGCAAGGAAGCUUUCUCUAAUAGUUGAUUUAGAUCAAACUCUUGUUCAUGCAACAGUAGAACAAACCGUUGAGGAAUGGAUAAAGGAUGAAGAAUGUUCCAAUCAUCCAACUACCAAAGAUAUUCACAAGUUCACUUUACCUGAUGGACCAUCCGUAUACUACAUCAAACUUAGACCUGGGCUUAAAGAAUUCCUCAGGAGUGUGUCUGAAAUUUAUGAACCUCACAUAUAUACAAUGGGAACACGAAAUUAUGCAUCCGCUGUCGCGAACGUUAUUGAUCCAGAUAAUACGAUUUUUAAUGAGCGUAUUUUAUCACGUGAUGAGAGUGGAAGUAUGACCGAGAAAAAUAUUCGUCGUUUGUUCCCUUGUGAUGAUUCAAUGGUAGUUGUAAUUGAUGAUAGAGCUGAUGUGUGGACUUGGUCACCUAAUUUAAUUAAAGUUCAUCCGUACGAUUUCUUUGUCGGAAUUGGUGAUAUUAACGAUACAUACUUACCAAAGACAAAGUCAGCUUCAGUUCCCAAGAUCAUUGUUUCAGAUAAUAGUACCCCUACUGUUGAAAAAGAUACUGAACAAGAGAUGGAUACAUCAAUCAGCGAAGAUAAUGUGUCUUCUACUGAAGAUGAGAAAUCCUUAAAAGAAAAAGAGCAGAAUGAUGUGAUUAAUCAAGGAAACUCCUCUGAAAUUACGGAGAACGUUAUUACGAAUGAUGAAGAAGAAAUUUUAAAGGAUGUUGAUAACUCUGAUGAAAAAUCAACCAGAGAGCCACUUAAGGUGAAUAAUAUUGAAAAUAAUACGUCUAUCGAUGCUUUACUAAAGCCUAUACAAAACAAUAAGCGUUCGUUUAAAGAUCGAGAAUUAAUAACAAAUAAAUCAAAGCCAAUACCUGUUGAUAACGAUACGGAAUUACCUAAUUUAUUGAAGGCUUUGACAAGGAUUCAUAAACUGUAUUAUGGAGAGUACGAUUGUAUACAAGCUGCUGCGGCAAAUUCUAAUGUCGCAAUUACCAUGCCUGAUGUUACCGUUUUAAUACCACAGUUGAAAAGCCAAGUAUUGAAGGGCGUCCAUAUCUUGUUCACUCAUGUUAUUCCAACGAAUCAAAAGAAAGAGGAGGCUGAAAUAUGGAUUUUAGCAAGAGAAUUUGGUGCAGAAUGCUAUGCGAAUUGGAAUAGCAGAAUCACGCAUCUAGUAGCCGGCGAUCGAGGUACCGAAAAGGUUAAAGAGGCUCGACGGAAAGGGAAUAUCUAUAUAGUACGUAAGGAAUGGUUGGACGACACUAUAAAGAAAUGGGAAAGACAGUCGGAAAAAUUUUAUACUUUGGAAUCAUCAUCACUGCGAGAUUCUGAGUCAAGUCAAGUAUCAGAGAUUGAUAAGCUUCCAGAAUUAAUAAUUGAAACACCCUCGGGAAAUGAGUUAACAGAUGAUGAUGACUUGUUAUUAAGUCCGGAGAAACGUCAUGAACAUUUUGAGGCAACCGACUGGCGAUCUGCAUUAAAUGAGGUGGAAGAACUUUUAGCCGACAAUGGACGUAAGAGAUUGAAACGGUAUGGAGACGCAUUAGAUGUUGACGAUCGUAAUAUCAAACGUUUGAAGCAGUCUCCUUUACGACAAUCCAUAACAUUUAAUCAUAACGAUGAUGAGGAGGAUGAAUCAGAACAAGGAAGUCAAUCGAGUUUUCAAGUAAACAAUUCCGAAGGAGAUACAACUGGUGAUUUCGAUAAACUUUCAGAAAUUGAAUCAGAAAAUGUUUACCAAGAUUCAGAGCUU